GGUUGUAGCAGUUGGUUCUGGUGGAGGAGCGGGCAGGAGGAGGAGGAGGAGUUCCCGGGUGAGUGCCGAAGCUCCACAUUCCGCCGGAGCGCACAGACACCGAAACACUAGAGCUAAAGUUAGCACGGAGUCGCCGCUCCGCGAAAAGUUACUCCGCGUGUUUUCUGCACUUCUUCUUCCCCCCCUUUUUUUCUUGUGCCGCUUUUUGUGGAAUGUUUGGAGUUUGUUUUUAUUCUGACAGCUGUGUGAACUGACAGAAGGUCAGUACGAGCUGUGAGGCACUAUCCUUGAAUUACCUCGACGUGAACUGCAGACUGUUGGUGCAGCAUGGUGAUCAUGACCGAGAGCAGCCGAGGGGUCCCGUCCUGCCCUGCACCGGGGAGGCCCCUGCAGGUCGGCUUUUACGAGAUCAUCCGCACCCUGGGGAAAGGAAACUUUGCAGUAGUGAAACUGGCCAGACAUAAAGUCACCAAAACACAGGUGGCCAUUAAAAUCAUUGAUAAGACCAGGCUGAACCCUUCCAACCUGGAGAAGAUUUACAGAGAAGUGCAGAUUAUGAAGCUGCUCAACCACCCCCAUAUCAUCAAACUCUACCAGGUCAUGGAGACCAAAGAUAUGCUAUACAUUGUGACAGAAUAUGCAAAGAAUGGAGAGAUGUUUGACUACCUGACCUCAAACGGUCGUAUGAGUGAAGACGAGGCACGAAAGAAAUUCUGGCAGAUUCUGACAGCGGUGGACUACUGCCAUCGACACCACAUCGUUCACCGUGACCUAAAAACGGAGAAUCUGUUGCUGGACGCCAACAUGAAUAUCAAACUGGCCGACUUUGGGUUUGGAAACUUCUACAAUGCAGGAGAGCCAUUGUCCACGUGGUGUGGCAGUCCACCGUAUGCAGCCCCUGAGGUUUUUGAAGGAAAGGAGUACGAGGGCCCUCAGCUGGACAUUUGGAGUCUUGGUGUGGUUCUCUAUGUUCUUGUCUGUGGGUCUCUUCCAUUUGAUGGGCCCAGUUUGCCUGCACUCAGACAGAGAGUCACCGAAGGACGCUUCAGAAUCCCUUUCUUCAUGUCUCAAGACUGUGAAAACCUGAUACGUAAAAUGCUCGUAGUGGACCCAGCCAAGAGGAUCAGCAUAGCUCAGAUCAAGCAACAUCGCUGGAUGCUGGCAGACCCAACAGCCCCCCAUCAGACCCUGAGCCAUUCCAUGACUGAGUACAACUCAAACCUGGGGGACUACAGCGAGCCAGUGCUGGGCAUCAUGAACACGCUGGGUAUUGAUCGGCAGAGGACUAUUGAGUCUCUGCAGAGCAGCAGCUACAAUCACUUCUCUGCGAUCUACUAUCUGCUGCUGGAGAGAGUGAGGGAGCAUCGCAGUCAGCAGCUGAGCCGGCAGUGUGGAACUUGGAGCCAGAGACCAAGGAGCACCUCAGAUAGCACUGCCCAGGAGGUGAUCAUGGAGUGCACGGAAAGCUUUAGAUCCUCAGCAUUUCCUGUUCCAGCCAAAAACACUCCUACACACUACUCUGAGAUGGAUUGUGACCAGGGCGGAUUAUUUCAGCGUGAGGUGUUUACUGUGGAGUCCAGCCUCAACAGGCUGCUGUGGAACCGCUCCAUUUCACCCAACAGCCUGCUGGAGACAAGCAUCAGUGAAGAGGUUCGACACAGGGACCAGGAGGAAGAGGAGGAGGCGACGCAAGCGGUCGGGCCUCUGCUGCCUCCCACCACCACCUCUCGCAGACACACUCUGGCUGAAGUAUCUGCUCGUUUGCACCAGUGCCACCCGCCAUGUAUUGUGGUUAGUCCCUCAGACGGUGCUUCUUCGGAUGGCUGUCUGAAGUCCUCAUCUAGCCCCAACCCCUCCGUGCAGGUCGCUGUGGGUGACAUGUCAGCCAUUCUGGCCUCUGGAACUGAAGCCGGAGCCCAGGUUCCUGCAGGAGGUCCCCUGGUGUUCUCCUCACACCUGUUGCCACAGGCUCAGGGCAGCCUGCCUUCUCCCAGCUUCCAGGAGGGUCGCAGAGCCUCUGACACUUCCCUUACACAAGGACUCAAAGCCUUCCGCCAGCAACUGAGGAAAAACACACGAACAAAAGGGCUUCUGGGAUUAAAUAAGAUCAAGGGUCUGGCAAGACAGGUUGUCCCUCCACCCUCCUGUAACCGUGGCAGCCGUGGGUCACUUGGUCCAACUCUUUCUGAGCACCGCAGCAUGCUGGAGGAGGUGCUGCACCAGCAGCGGAUGCUUCAGAUCCAGCACCAGGCUCAGACUCAGGUCCAAGCCCCUCAGACUGCACCUACCCAGAAUCCUCUGCUGUUUUUGGCUCAGCAGCAGAAGCAGCAGCAGCAGCAGCCACAAUCUCCUCCAGCUGCUACUGUCUUUGCUUCUUCACCCAUGUUUGACACCCCCAACCCUUCCAUUUUACACUGCAAGCACUCAAUGCCGCUGCAGCACGGCCCGUGGCAACAAACCCUGGAGGCUCCCACAUCAUUGUCCUCCUCGUCUUGCUACUCCGCCAGUCUCUCCCCUGUGGCCUCCGCUGCUUACCUUCUCGAGGCUCGUCUGCACAUCAGCCAACAGCCUCACACCAACUUCCAGCAUCAGGUUCAGGCGGUGAUGCCAAGCACCUUCCCCGUCACAUCCAAACCUGCAGUGUGGAGCAUGGGCUCAGCCUCCGGCACGGACCCGAACAUGCAGGAGCCGAACCUGACUGGACAGAAGCUCAGCAACUGUGUGAUGGUGAAGUAAGAGAUCGGCCGUCCACACAGUCCAAGAUUUGUUUGCUCCAUGGUAGAUGCAGCUGACAAUACAGGGGGCAAAAAGUUCAUGCACAUGGGGUACACAUGUAGUAAUGUGACGUUGUUAUCUUAUAAGCUAAAGACAAAGCAAUAAGCAGACUCUGGACAAAGUGCUGAAUCCGUAUCAAACCAACAGGAAAGCAAUAAUACAGUAAGCUGGGCAGUGUCUCUGAUUUGACUCCAGCAAGACUGGCAUCAUGCGCCCAUGAAAGUCAUGGACUAACUUGAACGAAAUGUGAACUGACCUUCGACAAUCAGAGAUGACAGAGUUCCAGAAAUGAUGAGAUUUUUAGGAAACUGCAAUUUAUUUAGGACAUUGAUAUGUCGACAUGGCGCGUUUGAUUAUUGACAGGCUGAAUUGAAGAAAAUGCUAACCAUGGGUGAUGCUAACCAUGCGUGACGCUUACGGCAGUUAACACUGUGGGUUAACAUCAUCAUUAAUGCUAUGGUUAGCUGUGAGCAUCAUCCACAGAUGUAACAUAGUUCGGUAAAAUUAGCGCUAUGCUGCUGUGUUUUGAAAAGCUUAAUUUCUGAACAACACAGUAAGAUUCAUGUCUCACGUUUCUGAUUCUGUCAGUGAUCAAUUUGAGUUUGUCAUUUUUAUUUUGUCAAUGUUCUGUGCUUUUUCCACCUCACUGGCAAAAAGACCAAAGUUCUUUCUUUUCUUUGUUGUUUUGUUUUUAACCUCCCCAACAUUGUCUGCCUUUGUAAACAGAUGUGACUCUGUAGCAGUCUGAUGAACAUGCAGUGUAUAUAUAGCACGCUAAGCUUACAGACAGCAACUGAAGUUCAUUUAGUAUUGAAACUGUGAUUUUCUGAGCUAGAAGAUGCUGAAGCAAAUGCUGCUUUUACCUCAAACUGCGAUAAGACUGCUACAUCCUCAUGAAAGCACAGUCGGUACAUCAUCACAAAUGGAUGCUUUAUUUGUGUAGGGCCUUGUUUUCUCAUCCCCCUUAUUAGUCAGGUAGCAAGUCAAAAAGUUAACAACUCCAUCAAAGACUGUCAAAACACACUAAAACCAUUUAAAAGUAGUACAGAAUAGUUUUUGGUAUUUUUCCAUUACCAUAAUGCAAUGGGUUGUUCCUUACAGUCCACGCAUGAAAAAUCAUUGUAAGAGUUCCCAUUUGUUCACUGAUCUUUGGACUCCAAGUUAUUUGAGCAAAAAGGCAAUUUAAAAGGAUUUGUUGACAGUUGCAGUUUGUCUUGCAGCAGGUCCCCUGAAGAUUUGGCGGUCUUAAGGUCGACAUGUUCAUGAAAGACCUUGUAAUAUUAGCAUUAAAAAUGUGAACCUACAUAUAUCAGUGGAUAGACACGAUCAACUGGAACUCUUCCAAUGUUUUUGCACCCAUCUGCUGUACUGUAGACUACACUGCAUUAAAGGAAAUGAUAAAACACCAAACAGAAGGAGGAUUUAUAGUGUUAGUUUCUCAUAUGGGCACAAACAAAACUGUGGGAACAGUGCAAUAUUUCACAUUGAAAUAUGUAGGAAAGGUGAGGUUUAGUAUCUCUAUAGGAUUGUUAAUAUGGUACAUACACAUUUAUGUAAUUUUUUUAAAAUAUAUUUUUCUUUUUUCCUUUUUACACCAUUGUUUGUGCUCGCUAUCAGCUAGCUGCACAGAGCAGCUGCUGGUUAGCACUAUGUAAAAUAAACACUUGAUACUGUAGAAAUGGAGAAGAAAAACAUUUCAAAAUGCUGUUUCUUCACACUGCAUGCUUAUAGCUUAAUCAAUUUGGGUUUUACCAAAGAGUGAACAGUACAAGAGAAGCAGAUACACUACUGAUUUUUAGCUUUGAAUGCGGUUUCAAAAUGUAGCAUGGUGGCUAGCUAGCAUCCUUAGCUUCCGCUGUGAGAAAACUCCAUUUGCCACCGACUGCUGAUGCUAAUAACUUGUGUUGUAAUAACUAGCUGUUACCUAUCAACCAUGGUGGUAUUCAUUUUUGUACUUUUCUAAGAAAAUAAAAAUUAAAGAAGAGUAAACAAAAUACAGGAAACAUAGCAAUA